AUUUCUUUUUAAAUGUUAGCGAUUACAAACAUGUCACUGCUGUUCGUGUUGUAAAGUUUAGUCCCUGUAAUAUAUUAGACAGUACAGGUGGAACGAAAGCAUGAAUGUUGUCAAUAUUAAAUGUUGUGAAAAUAAUUCAGUAUCUUGUAUAAAUGAAAAGUACAGAUGUUUUUUGUGUUCGUAUUCUGUUAUUGAUAGAGGUCUUGGAAAUAUUACUGCCAGUGCUAAUCGGUGCAUACGGGCCGAAAUACUCGAAGUGCCAAGAUUAUCAGAGAUGCUUUCAGAAUCACAGCAUGGAUAUGAUGAAACAUGAACCUGCUUCAGGUGGUGAAACAUUGGCUUCGUCUUCAGAGGGCAAUGAUCAGCUCAUUGAUAUGAAACAGGAAACUGAGCUUGAAGUGGACUUCGCAAAAGUAACUGCUAAUAUAGACAGUGACAUAGGUUCAAUGACCAGAGUUCAAGAAGAUUACUUGGUUGCUGAUAAACAAUGUCUUGAUCCAGUUUCGUUUGUCAAAAUUAAGAUUGAAGUCAAACACAACAUGAAUGCAAUCAAAGUUGAACCUGAUUUGUAUAAGACGUUGCCAGUGUCUUCAUUAAGCAGUAACAAACUGGUUCAUGUGAAACAAGAAGAGUAUUCUGCAUUCCCUAAUUUGGAUUGGGAAACUGAGCACAGUUUGAAUAAAGUGAAAGUAAUGGAUGAUUCAAACACUGACUCUGACUCCGUUAAUGCAGAUUCAGAGGGUAAGCUGGUUGACAACAAACCGCUUCUUGAUCAUAUUGAAUUUGUUGCAGUGAAGGCCGAAGUAACAGAAGAGCUCUGCGGUGAUACUGCAAUCAAAGAAGAGUGUAAGGAUGAGGUAACAAUAGAGGAGCAUGAUCCGAUUCCACAGGGUUGGAACAACUGGGUGUCCAUCAUACAGAUCAGCUGAUCAUAUUUUGUCAUUAUUUAGAAUGAUCAGUCCUUUCAUCAUUCUGUGAUGUGACAGCACCAUAAUUUGGAAAUAAUACCAGUCACUGUUGUCAAGUCUCAAUGCACAUUGCAGUAGAAGACAAAAAUAUCACUGCUACAACGUUGUUGCUACCAGUGACAUUUCAAAAGAGCAGUAUUGCCAAUUGGCAGCAUGUGAAUUAUUCAAGAGAACUAACUGAUGCAUCUGCGCUGAUGAAAAUAAAAAUUAGUUUCUAUAUUUUGACAGGACAUCAAAGGAUACUUUACUCAUUAUCUUAAAUUUUGAGGCAGUAAAGUAUUCAUGAAUUAGGAUUUGAGGUUCUCAUGGCAGUGAGUACAAAGGUGGCUGUCUUCUGGGUUGUAGCAUCAUGUAGUCUGACAGAAGUCUACCAAUAUAUCAGAGGUAAUGAUGAUGGAGGCAGCAGGGGCUACCGUCACAUGUGGCCAAUAAUGGUCACAAGUUGUAAUGGAAGUUCUAUGUGUGUCUCGGUAAAAUGAAGUAGUCACGUUCCUAUCUUAGAGUACUGCUAUAUAGAUGUGGAAAUGUAAUGCAGUUUGCGUUAUUUGUCCCCUGUAAUCUUCCUUCACCUGUCAUACUCUAAUGUGUCAAUAGACGUGUGAAUGACACAUCUCCAUAUUCACGAAGAAUAUGUUCCUGAGGAGUUUUCAGACAGUGAAAUUCAUGAAUAAUGUCAUGGACUCUUAUCAAGUAUGUGUGUAUAUCCUUUAAAUAAAGAAGGUAUUAUUAUUUUCUUUCUUCAUGGCUUUUAUACUUGUACAUACAUUGUUAACGUCACUUAUAUUUCUUUUGAGAAGCACGAGUGCGUGCAAAAUACAGAUAAAAGGUGCUAGACUUCAUGAAAUGUUGCAUGUACGACAGAGUUGUAGACUGAGUGGUAUUGUGAUUAAGUGUUUGUGGGUUAGAUUCUCUGAAAAUGUGCGCAGUUUGAAAAUAUACACCACAGAAACCUUUUGAAAUACAAUUUGUCAUAAUGUAUUGUAUGGUCAUUCCUCAAAAGGAGGUCAUCCUUUUGAGGGCUAAUCAUAAUCAUGUACUGGACCAGAUUUACAAGUGUCGAUAAAUGAUUUUGUCAUCCAGAAAGAAUUCACAUGUUUAUAUUGUCAUUUGUAUAGUAUUUAAAUUGAAACUGGGUACACAGAUUUUGUGCUCCACCAAGUUCUACAUUCUUGGACUGAGGGGUUUAAUGCAUCUGUAGCACAUGUUACCAUGUUUCACCUGCAGUGAACACAUUCUUCAGUAGCUAUAUUUUUAAAGAGGCAUUGACUUGAAACAAUUGCCUUUUUUUAAAAAAAUCUCUGAGGGUAAAAAUGUUUUGAACUGUAGGAAGGAGGGUAACAUGUAUUGUAGUUUGUGGAGUGUAACAAACUGUAGGGAUCGUUAUUCAUUCCCCAUUUGCCACUUUCAGUGACCUACUUAGUCUCCAUCCUGUCUUAAAUGUUUCGGUGCUUGAUUAUUAGUAAUUUUUAAUAUUCACUUCAACCCUCUGAAGUUAUAGCUUAUCUAAAUAUUACUUAAAAAUUUAGUCCCUACCAAAACACAUUGCUUCUACAUUAGAAGCUCAGUUGGUUAAAAAUGAUUAAGAAAAUAAUUGUUUACUCAGAAAUGCAUGAAACCUUGCACUCUGCAUGCUGUAUGCAGAGUUAUUGAUUAUUAUAGCUGAUGCCCUAACAGGGGCAGAGAAUUUUCUUCUAGCCCCUGCAUCCAGACCAUAUCAGGUGCCACCCAGCUGCCUGUCAAAUGGGUCCUGGUGGUUCUUUCCCUGGGGUAAAGCGCAGCCAGGGCAUGAUGCUGACCACUUACAUUCAUCUAGUGCCAAGGUUAAGAAUGAGCAAGACCUAUAUACCUCUCCCCACGAGUGCCUACAUGGAACGUGGCAGGAUAGCUUUAUUUUUUUUAUAGCUGAUGGUAUAUGUAAUUAGCACUGAGCAUUAAAAGGUUAAAAAUGUG